UAAAAAUGAAGAGAGUCCUUUCUUUCAAACUCAAACUUGUCUCAGAAAUCCCCAGAAAGCUCUCCCACUCCUCCUCCUCCUCCUCCUCCCAAUCUCAAUUUUGUAAGAACUUCACGUCUAUCGCCGAGAAAUGCCCAAAACAGUCUACACUCUCUCAACCCCAUUCCUUCAGCUUCAGUUCUACUACCCCUUCAUGGCGCUCCCAACAUUGUGUGUCGGAGAAGAUCUAUUACUUUCUGGCGAAUCCAGCGCUUGUGAAACAAAUGGCAUCGAGUGCCCAUGACAAAAUUCGAAGCCGAAUCAUGUUUGAUCGUUGGGUUCAAUCCUUCAAAGCUCAGCUUCGUGGACGGCAACUCAAUCGAACUUCCUUCAAUUUCAAUUCAUCAAGGAGAUCAUGGUUACCAACAGCCGAAAACGUUGUUUUGGGUUUGAUUGUAGCUAAUGCUGCUGUUUUCAUGCUAUGGAGGAUUGCUGAUCCUACAUUUAUGAGGAAGCACUUUAUGAUUUCAGUGGAUAACGUCACCAGUGGACGUAUACACACAUUGAUCACUUCUGCAUUCAGUCAUAAGGAUAUCGGACAUCUUGUUUCUAACAUGAUUGGUCUUUAUUUCUUUGGACAAACUAUUGGAAGGCUUUUUGGACCAGAAUUCCUGUUGAAGUUGUAUCUAGCUGGUGCACUUACUGGAUCAAUAUUCUUCUUGGUGCACCAUGCCUUUAUGUCCCCUCCCCAGAACCCAGGAAUGUGGAGCAUUGAUCCUAAGAGAAUUCCAGGACUGGGUGCGAGUGGGGCUGUGAAUGCUAUUAUGCUCCUUGAUAUAUUUCUCUUUCCAACAGCCACCCUUUAUGUCGAAUUCAUCAUACCAGUUCCAGCAAUGUUACUGGGCGCAUUUUUAAUAGGAAAAGAUAUACUGAGGAUAAUUGAGGGGAAUAGUGAAAUCUCAGGUUCAGCCCACCUGGGAGGUGCUGUUGUUGCUGCUCUAGCAUGGGCCCGGAUUAAAAAGCGAUGGAUAUGAUCUUCUUCCUCUAGUCGUUGCCUCUAACUUUCCCUUGCUUCAGUGAUUGGGUUUUUUCCCCAUCCUUAGUUGACUACCCAACAUUUCAUUGAAGUGUAGACGGAUUUUACAUCACGUUUUGUUUGUUGUCCAAGAAAAGAAAUUUACUUGAAAUGCAGCAUCAUACAACUCAAUCUCUAGUUUCCUUCCAUUGCCCUUGUAGUCUACAUAUUUAGAACAAGCAAGACAAU